AUGAGGUUACCUAGAAAUGGAAGAGCAUUAGAAGAAGUUCCAACGAAAAAGAAGUAUACAGCUAGUCCUGAAGGAGGAUUAGGUCCCAAGCCAGUUGAGGAGAAUGAGAAAGAGAGCAAGGGAUUAGAGCCAGUAAUUGUGACAAGGCCACCACCUCCGUUUCCACAACGGCUGCAGAAGCAAAAAGAUGAUGCUAAGUACAAGAAAUUCUUAGAUAUUUUGAGCCAAGUGCGUGUGAAUUUUCCUUUGGUGGAAAUUUUGCAGGAAGUGCCUAAGUAUGCGAGUUUCACAAUUCCUUUGUCUCUUGGAAAACAAGAAGUAGGUAGAGCCUUGCGUGAUUUGGGGGCUAGUAUAAAUUUGAUGCCAUCCUCUUUGUUCAAGAAACUCGGAUUGGGGGUGCUUAGACCUACUACAAUCACUUUACAGUUAGCAGAUAGGUCACUAGUUAUGCCAGAAGGAAUUAUUGAGGAUGUGUUAAUUCGAGUGGGAAAGUUUAUUCUUCCUGCUGAUUUUAUUGUGCUUGAUUACGAGGCAGAUGAGGAAGUGCCCAUUAUUUUGGGGCGACCAUUCUUAGCUACUGGUGGAGCGAUUAUUGAUGUGAGGGCAGGGAAGUUAAAGAUGAGAGUUGACGAUGAGGAAGUCACUUUUAAUAUGUACAAGGCACUUAAGCUCCCUAAGCAUUAUGAGGACUUGUGCAUGAUUACUGUGGUAGAAUCGAAGGGGAUAGAGCAUAGUCCUUAUGUGAAUUGUAGUGAUCCAGAUGGGAUAAAUGAGUUAGAGGAGGUGGUGUUUCAAGCUGAGUGUGUAAAGAUGAUUGAGAAAAGAGCCAGAGAUGAAAGAGGAGACCCUCUAAGAGCAGUAGGGGAAGAUUGA